UAACGGUUCACCUUUUCGGCAUUGAUAACUCCAUGGCAUCCUCCAAACUUAGCUUUUUCUUCGUGCUUGUUCAUGUCUUUCUCUUAUACUCCAACUUGGUGCUCAGUAAUGAUGAUGAGGACAAUCUUCUUCAAGGGAUCAACAGUUACAGGCAGUCCGUAAGUUUACCCCAGUUCGAAAAGAAUGGCAAAGCAGAGUGCCUUGCUGAUAAAAUAGCCAGUGAAUUAGAGGACCAACCUUGCACCACCAUAACCACCGGUUCCACCAUUGUCCCCGCCACCCAGACCCAACUGGCCAACUACCCUAAGCUCUUGAACAAGUGUAAAAUCGAUAUGAACACUACAUCAGAUGGAGUGAUACUCCCAGUUUGUGUCCCCAAAAUGAUCCCAACCCUUGUUCUCACAAACUACACCCAUUCUUCCUAUGCAAAGUACCUCAACAAUUCCAAGUAUACUGGGGCUGGUGUGGGUUCUGAGGAGGAUUGGAUGGUGGUUGUUUUGACCACUAGUACCCCAACAGGAAGCUUUUCGAAGGCUGUGUCUUUAGUUUCCCAGAUGGGUUUUGAUCAUUACUUACUUUCCUUCGUUUUAGGAGGAUUAUCACUGUUUGUUUGUAGCUGAAGUACACUAAGUUGUGUUUUUUGUCCUUUUUUUUUUUUUUAUGUGUUGUGUAUCUUUAAGCAGCUUUCAUCUCUGUAAAUUUUUCUUUUUUAACAUCAGAAAAGACAUGAUUCACUAAAGCUUUCUUCAUUUUUUUUCAAUUCUUUUUACCAAUUUCUGUUUAUCUAAGUUGGGUGUAGAGACAAUGUUAAAAGUUUAAAAAAUUCAUCUACAAGA